AUGUGGUCCGUAAGCAGGCACCGUUUCCUGAAAAUGUACUCCGAAUACACUAACAACUAUGAACGAGCGUCACGAAUUUUCGAGGAAUUGAAAAAGAAGAAGAAGUUCGCCGAUGUGGUACGGGAGAUUGAAAAAGUUCCCGAAUGUGAAGGCCUCCCUCUCGCUCAUCAUUUGAUCUGCCCUGUACAAAGGGUCAUGCGAUACCAAUUGCUAUUACAGGAGUAUAAGAAACACCUACUCGAAACAGAUGUUGACUACGAGGACACUGCUUUGGCUCUUCAACUCGUUCUUCAAGCCGCAUCUCAUGCCAAUGAGAUGAUGAAGAAGCUGGACGGCUUUGGAAAAGUGAUUGAGGUACAAGAGCAGCUAGGAAACUCAAUAUCAUUGGUGUCACCUGGACGAGAGUUGCUCAAAACCGGCACGCUACAGAAAAUUUCAUCGACCACCGAGAAAACCGAGGAACGAACGAUAUUCCUCUUCAACGAUCUCAUUCUGUUGGCCGGUGAACGAAAAAUGAUCGGGCUCUACAAAUAUCGUCUGAGAGCGGUGUUCCAUGCAUGCCACACUCAGAUAUGCGAAGGUGACAAUCUUGAGAGGGAGCACUCAUUCUACAUAAGAGGCUCCGACGGCAAUGGACCACAACGAUGUGUUGAACUGUUCUCA